AUGAGUUAUUUACUUGCAUUAAAACUUUCUUUUUUUUUUCUUCUUUCUUUUUCACUUUCCCCAUUCAAUUUUUAUUCGGGUUUUCCCAUUGGUCUUCAUUUCUUUCUGUCUUCUUUUCUACAUUUCUUUCUUUCUUCCUCCCUUUCUUUUUCUCACUAUAUUUUCUUCAUUUCUUUCUUACUUCAUCACUUCCUUUCUUUCUCCAUUUCUUUCUUUCGGUCUUUCUUUCUUCCUCCUUUCCUUCCUUUCUAUCUCUCUUUCUUUCUUCCUUCUUUUAUUCAUUUCUUUCUUUCUUCCUCCCUUCCUUUCUUUCUUCCUCCCUUCCUUUCUCCCUUCCUUCCUUCCUUCCUUCCUUCCUUCCUUCCUUCCUUCCUUCCUUUCUUUCUUUUUUUGUCACUCGUUCUUUUCCCUCUCUUACCCUUCACAUUUAUUCUCUUCUUUCUUCAUGCAUCUCUUUUGCAUACUCUCAGCCUCAGCGAUCCUAUCUUCCUUCAUUCCUUUAAUAAACCACCAUUUUUCUCCCUAUUAGCCAGACAUUCUCUCACGCAUUCUCUCUCUUUUUUUUAUUUACUCUCUUCCUCGCUUCUUUCUCUCCAAAAGAAACGGAAAGACAAUAAUCGUCUUUUCUUUUUUCUUCAAAUUCCACCCUUUUUAUCCUCUUCUUUUUUCCCUUUCUUUCUUUCUUUCUUUUUUUCUUUUUUCUUUCUUUUUCCUUUCAUUCUUUCUUUCUUUUUCCUUUCUUUCUUUCUUUCUUUCUUUUACUUCCCUUCUUUCUUUCUUUAUUUCCCUUUCUUUGUUUCUUUUUCUUUUCUUUUCUUUCCUUUCUUUCUUUCUUUCUUUCUUUCCAUAGACCCGGAUAGCAUCUGUGACACAUAA